CCAGGCCCGGUAGCAUUCAGUCCCUUUCUCGCGGUUCCCGCAACCUCCAGAAAACAGGGAGACACGCAUAAAAUAUACGUUGGCCAAGGCAUCCUCGAAUCGAAUGUUUGUGCAAUGCGUACUAACUAAACCUGGUCCCACCGUUGAUACCAGUCCAGUCUAAUGGAAGCCUCCAAUGCGAGUAUACUAGAUCGAGAUGGCUCAAACCUUACACCAGCCUGGGAACAUCGUGAGGAUGGCAGCGUUUGGCACAAUAAGGUCGACCUAGAAGACGCAGCAUACUACCACUACAACGGCAGCCUUCCUACUCUCGCUGGACUUUCUACGGGCGACGAGCAUAUACUCCGAGUCUCUCUUGGCACACCAAGCGCAUUAGACACGCCAUUCCCAUUGCUUACGUGCGUAUCCAACAUACAGCAGCCUGAGAUCAGUCGCUCGCAAUUGCGAUACCCCGUUUUGGAACCUUUGGUUCCUUACUUGACUGGUUCAAUCGAUCUCACAUUAGCCUACGACUUGCUAGAACGCUACUUCGAGAGCCGGCCGCUAACCCCGCUAUAUCCCUUGUCGCCUUACGUCUUGUGCUUCCUCUACCGAAGACGCUCGUUCUUGAAUGGUAGUCGGCCUCGCCAAUGCAAAGCUGUUCUUCUGUCGAGCAUGUUGUGGGCCGCCGCCGAGAUAAGCGAGUCGUCUCUUCUUGCAGGGCACCAGCACGCCCGUCGCCAAGUUUGCGACAGGCUGAAAUUGCUGACCUUAGCGCUUGCCCAGAUAGACGUCCCCGCCGGUAAUGUGGACGAUGUAGUCGCCUGCAUAUCCUUGGCUACAGUGGGAUCUGCCCUCGAGCAUGAGGGUAGUACUUGGAGUAAUGCCGCGUGUUCACUGGCGCGGGAACUCCAACUGGGAUGUGAGCUCCCCGCCGACGCUCUCUCUAUCCACCAGAGCGACAAGGAUUCGAGUAUGGCUGAGGAGGAGCGCGAGAUAAGACGCCGCGUCUGGUGGCUCCUCUACAUCGUGGACCGCCAUCUCGCACUUCACGAGAACCGGCCGCCUGUUCUCUCCGAUGGCGAAUGCAGUGGCCUUCUUCAACCAAUGAACGACAUGGACUACCAGGAAGGGAAUUUCCAAGCUCGCUUGCAGAUUUACGGGUCGCCAUUCCAGUGUACUAGUCCUAGUCUCUACGGUUUUUUCUUGCCGCUCAUGGCAAUUCUCGGCGAGGUUCUGGACCACCGGCGCCCUACGCUCUCGGUGGCAGAAAAGGUGGCGUCGUAUGAGCGGAGCCUGGAAUGCCUAAAGCAGCAAUGCAAAGAGCUGCGGGGGCCAGCCGCUGUCGCCCAGAACCGGCUGGCUGCGGCAUACGGCACCUACAUGGUGUACGUAUUGCGCAUUCUACUCACUCGUGAGCACUGGGAAGUCAACCUUGUCGACAACAGCGAUCGAGGCUUGAGUUUGGCUUUCUUUGACGCCGCUACACAUACGCUCUCCGCGGCGAAGGCCGUCAGCGAUAUCCUCAAGUGGGACCCCGGCUUGGAGCUCAUGCCGUUCUUCUUCAGCAUCUUUCUCUUUUGGGGUUCCUUUCCACUUCUAGUAUUUGCCAGCAGGCCGCAGUUCCAGCAGCUGCCAGGCCUCGACCAGUUGUACGCCGUUGCACUCCGCGCUCACGAAGCUUGCAUAGUUACGCUCGACACUCAGUACCAGCGUGACUUCUGCAGGACUCUGCGUAGUGUUGUCCAGCUCCGUGUUUACUCGCUUAGUUGUUGAGAACUUUGGAGAAUGUAAUAUAUCGUACUCCGAGUCCAAUAUUCUUUUGCUGGUGA